AUGAAGAGGUUUGAUGCAUACGGGAAGGUCCCGGAAGACCUUCAAGUCAAACACGGGUUUGGUGGGAUCAUGACAAUUGUCUGUGGAAUUUUAAUCGGCAUUUUGGUCUUGACAGAGUUCAGGUAUUACCUCCAGAGAGAAGUCACACCACAACUCAUUGUGGACAGAGAGCGCGACGAAAAGAUUAAAGUUCACUUUGACAUCACAUUCCCAUUCUCGUCUUGCCCUAUUACCAGCGUCGACGUCUUGACAAAAAGCGGAGAGUCGAUGAUAGACAUUGAGAAAAACAUAACGAAGACUCGACUCAAUAAAAACGGCGUGCCGUUGACUGAGUCGGAGCUCAAAGCAACUCAACAAAAGCUCAAUGCAAACAUCAAAACAGUUGACCAAAAAACAUGUCGAUCAUGUUACGGUGCAGAGACACCAAGUCGAAAGUGCUGCUAUACAUGUGACGAUGUCAUUGAGGCGUACAAAGAGAGAGGAUGGAAUUUGAAUAUCCGAACCAUAGCCCAAUGUGACAACAGCGAGAAAUUGGAAAUGGCAAAACUGACGUUAGAAGAGGGGUGCCGUGUCGAGGGAAAUUUGUUGCUCAAUAAGAUUGGAGGUAACUUCCAUAUUGCGCCGGGCACAUCGGAUAACACAUGGACUGGGCAUCACCACAAUAUUGAAUGGACUGGAAGAACUAAAAUUGACUUGACACACACAUGGAAUGAUUUGUCAUUUGGCGAAGGGAGUAAGACAUACAGUGGGUCGAAAAAGGAUGCCAAGAUGAAUGGGAUGUUCCAGUACUUUUUGACGCUCAUUCCAAAGAAAAACAACUUCAUCAACGGCACCAAGUUUGUCUACGAUUUUGUUAUUAACGAACAAACGAGAAGCGGACAAGGAGAGGGCGAACCGGGAGUGUUUGUGUAUUAUGACGUGUCACCAAUGCUUUUGGAAGUCAACGAGUUCAACCACGGAUUUUUACACUUUUUAAUUGGCGUCUGUGCAAUCAUCGGCGGUGUAUUCACUGUCUUCCAGUUGAUUGACGCAUUUGUGUUUGACUCUAUCCACACACUCCAGAAGAAGAUUGAGCUCGGAAAGGAUAUUUAA